AUGGGGUCUCAGCGCGAUGAAAUGGUAGACGAGAACGAUGAAGACGAAGGCAGCGAUGAGAGUUACGAGCCGCGCCGACUGCGUCACAAGGCUCCUCGCCGGCGUCCAAGGAGAACCAUCGAUUGGCGUUACGAGAUCUGCACCUUCUUGGAUAAGCCCUGCGAUGUGCCCGAUAAUGACCUGCUUGAUGCUUUCGAGGAAGCCUCGGGUACCCUAGGAGAGAUUGAGCGGUUGCGAAGACAAGCUUCUGAUCAACACAUUCCUCCAAGAUACCAAGUUGUCCAUGAAAUCAUAUGCCAUCAUGAUCGAACUGAACGAGGGAUUUUCUUAGAACGUCCCAGUGUGGUCAACUAUGGUCCUCAUGGUGCACAUGUCAGAUCCAGCCGCGGAAUAUCCAACAAGGAGGUGUUUUUGGAAAGAAACAAGGAAAUAACAUUCCUGGUUUGGCGCCAAUAUGAGUGCUGUGGGAUAGAGCCGCCAGACAAAGGUCUGUUACACCAAGGUGGUACCGAUGAUUUGAAUAUCAAGGCUUUGUUGAAAUAUGAAUACAUAGAAAUCAUCUCGUCUGACCUUCGAGAAGCCAUGAUUGCUCUUGGUAGGCGUCUGGAAGACAUACCGAUGCCAGAUCUGGAAGAAGAGGAGGAGGAGGAGGAGAAGAUCGAUGCCCCGUACCUCUGGUGGUUUCACCAAAGGAGCCAGAUACAAGUUGCCACCUUGGCCAUGCAACCGGCCUUCCAGGAGCAUAUCGACGUGUUCGCACGAUACCUCCUGGAAUCUUUCGGCAAUGAAUGGGAGAUUGUCGAUCAGCUCUUGGCGAACAAAAACAUCACCGUCGAUUUGAUACAUUACUUAUUUGUUCCGAACCAAGUCAUUGUGUCCAAGUCUGCAGGUUCUGACGUUGCAAGCCUUGAGGGCUUCUGGCUUCAAGAAUGGGCACAAGUUAGCAAACCCCAAAGUGGAAAAGAUGGUCUCUCAAUCAAUCUCGAGUCAAGCCAUUGGACCUUUGACGGAAAUUUUGAAAAGCGCGAAACAGCCUUGACCAUAGACAAGUUUCCCUCGAUGCUAGAAAAGUUCGCCAUUUCCGAACUGACGAUCUACCCCCGAAGGUUCGCCAGCGGUGAGAUUGUGCGAGCGCUACGCGAGCGAGGGAGGAUGUUCUGGAAAUGUCGUGAGCGUCAUUACGUCAUGAAAACCAAUCAAUCUGACAGCAGUCUUCAAGAGACGAUCAAGGCACCCACUCGUUUCAUGGUGGAUAGGAAGGCAUAUUAUCAGUGGCACCGGGGCCAGCGACAGCAUCCGCGCGCACAUGAUGAGGGACCCAACUGCCUUGAUGCUGCAACAAUGGUCGAGGAUGACCCUGAUCUAGGUGAUAAUUUCUUCAUGUGCCUCCCCACGAAUAUCUUUGGAUUCAACAUGCAGACACAUGUCUGGGAAAAUCUAAAAGUCGCCGAGAUUCAAGAUGUGGAAUGGAAUGAGAACGCCUUUAAACUCCUUGUUCUCGAGAAGGAAACGAAAGAGCUUGUAGAGGCCGUUGUCAAAUAUCGCAUCAUGGCAGGGGGGCAGACAGAUGUCAUACAGGGAAAGGGCAACGGUUUGUUUUUAUUUGGUCCGGGGACCGGCAAGACCCUGACGGCGGAAAGUGUCGCAGAAGUUGCAAAGAGACCACUCUACAGAGUGACCUGCGGUGAUAUUGGUACAAAGGCUGAAGUGGUCGAGGAUUACUUGAGUGCUGUUUUAAAGCUGGGGAAGGCCUGGGAGUGUGCAGUGGUUCUCCUCGAUGAAGCCGACGUAUUUCUUGAGCAACGGCACCUUCACCAUCUCGAGCGAAAUGCAUUGGUCUCAGUUUUCCUCCGUGUCCUUGAAUAUUAUGAUGGUAUCCUGAUCUUGACCAGUAAUCGUGUUGGUACGUUCGACGCGGCCUUCAAGUCUCGCAUACAGUUGAGCCUGCGGUACAACAACCUGGGCAAGGAACAACGCCGGAAAAUCUGGGAGAAUUUCAUCGAGAGACUGGAAGGUCUCGCACACUCGACUGAAGCUGGCUGUGACUUCCGAAAGAAUGCGUUGGGUACGGACCGCGAUAUCGACGUCGGCAUUGACACGGCUGGCAUUCGCGAACACCUCGAUGAACUAGCGCGACAUGAGAUCAACGGACGAGAGAUUCGGAAUGCAAUUUCUACAGCGAGGCAGCUGGCCAUGUUUCGGAGAGUUCCCAUGGGAUAUGAGCAUCUCCAAACGGUCAUCGGUGAAGCGAACAAGUUCCAGCAGUACAUCAAGGACCUCAACCAAGGUUUCACGGCGGACCAGUUAUCAAACGAACGCGGAGAGAGGUACCAUUAG